AUGAAAAUUUUCAGUAUAGCAGGAGCCUUUCUCCUGUACUUCGUCACUGUUGUACACUGUGAAGCUCCACUUCCGCAACGCAAUUAUUUACCUCCAAGCACAAGUUAUGGAACACCUGAUUUAGGAAAUUUGGCAUCAAGUGAGACACCAUCACAAAGCUACGGAGACAACAAAUCUACUAGCUAUGAUUUACCUGCUUCAGGUAUUCCCAGUACCGGUUCUUACGCCGAAGAUGAUUCAGUAACUAUAAAUGCUCCAUCACAAGAAUACGGACCACCAAAAAAUGGUAAUGGUAAUGGAGGUAAUGGUUAUUCAGCACCACAAUCCACUGCACCUACCUCACAAUACCCACAAAGAAACGGUAAUGGAAAUAAUGGAUAUUCAGCACCACGUCCAUCAGCUCCUUCAAGUCAAUAUGGUCCACCUUCUAGCAAUGGAAAUGGAAAUAAUGGAUAUUCAGCACCACGCCCAUCAGCUCCUUCAAGUCAAUAUGGACCACCUUCAAGCAAUGGGCCUUCUGCACGUCCAUCAGCUCCUUCAAACCAAUACGGACCACCUUCAAGCAAUGGAAAUGGUCCUUCUGCUCGUCCAUCAACUCCUUCUAAUCAAUACGGUCCACCUUCAAGCAAUGGAAAUGGAAACAAUGGAUAUUCAGCACCACGCCCAUCAGCUCCUUCUAAUCAAUACGGACCACCUUCAAGCAAUGGAAAUGGACCUUCUGCACGUCCAUCAACUCCUUCUAAUCAAUACGGUCCACCUUCAAGCAAUGGAAAUGGAAACAAUGGAUAUUCAGCACCACGCCCAUCAGCUCCUUCUAAUCAAUACGGACCACCUUCAAGCAAUGGAAAUGGACCUGCUGCUCGUCCAUCAACUCCUUCAAAUCAAUACGGUCCACCUUCAAGCAACGGAAAUGGAAACAAUGGAUAUUCAGCACCACGCCCAUCAGCUCCUUCAAACCAAUACGGACCACCUUCAAGCAAUGGAAAUGGUCCUUCUGCACGUCCAUCAACUCCCUCUAAUCAAUACGGUCCACCUUCAAGCAAUGGAAAUGGAAACAAUGGAUAUUCAGCACCACGCCCAUCAGCUCCUUCUAAUCAAUACGGACCACCUUCGAGCAAUGGAAAUGGACCUUCCGCUCGUCCAUCAACUCCUUCAAGUCAAUAUGGUCCACCUUCAAGCAAUGGAAAUGGAAACAAUGGAUAUUCAGCACCACGACCAUCAGCUCCUUCAAGUCAAUACGGACCACCUUCAAGCAAUGGACCUUCUGCACGUCCAUCAACUCCUUCUAAUCAAUACGGUCCACCUUCAAGCAAUGGGAAUGGAAACAAUGGAUACUCAGCACCACGCCCAUCAGCUCCUUCUAAUCAAUACGGACCACCUUCAAGCAAUGGACCUUCUGCACGUCCAUCAACUCCUUCUAAUCAAUACGGUCCACCUUCAAGCAAUGGAAAUGGAAACAAUGGAUAUUCAGCACCACGACCAUCAGCUCCUUCAAGUCAAUACGGUCCACCUUCAAGCAAUGGAAAUGGUAACAAUGGAUAUCCAGGAUCAAGCCCUCAAAGAAACGCAAAUGGUAAUGGAUAUUCAGCACGUCCCUCAGCACCUUCACAACAAUAUGGCCCACCAAGAAAUGGAAAUGGAAAUGGUAACAGCAAUGGAUAUCCAGCACCACGCACAACCGCAGCUGCUCCAUCAACUCAAUAUGGUCCACCAAGUAAUGGCAAUGGUAAUGGAUUUAGAUCUACCAGUGCUACAAUUUCAACACAAUAUGAUGCCCCAACUAAUACAAUCCAAGCUGAAGCCAGAACUGAGUUCAUUGAGCCACCUUCCCAAUCAUAUGGCGCUCCCGGCAUUGACACAAGCAUAGAAACUACAAACAGCAUUUACUCUGAUGUACCCGAAACAAUUCAACAAGGAUACGAUUCCAACGGUGGAUAUGCCUACUAA